UGUUGGGCAAGCCUAAAGAUUUUUUUCAAAGAAAAUUCUGUUUCCUCUCUAGGAAAUGAAAGCAAACGUAGCCCGUACCUGUUCGUAACAGGAGUUACUUUGGUGGAAUGCGGACUUUGAUCAAAACAAAGAAACAAAUAAUGGUAACUCCAAAAGCUAAGUCUACAUGCCAUGAAAAUAAUGAAAACAGUGAGACCAAAGCACCGGAUGGUGGCUGGGGAUGGGUCGUUGUUGCAGGUGCAACAGUACUGAACUUCCUUAUCGGUGGUGCUGUAAAUACAUUCGGCGUGCUUUAUGUGGCCCUUCUGGACAAGUAUGGACAAAGUGCAGGGGCAACCGCUUGGGUUGGAUCAUUGGCCAAUGCCAUGGGGCUGCUGCUUGGUCCAUUGUCGAGUGCACUGAGUGCCAGAUUCUCUUGUAGAAAGAUGGUGAUUAUGGGUGGAAUUUUUACGUCACUUGGUUGGGUCAGCACAGGCUUCAUGCCGAGAAUAGAGUACAUGUUCAUAUCUUAUGGUCUUAUUGCAGGUAUAGGAAAGUCAUUGUCAUUCACACCGAGUAUUUUGAUAGUUGGGCAAUGGUUCGACAAAAGGCGAUCCUUAGCAAAUGGGUUAUCCGUAGCCGGUGCAGGAUUUGGAACGUUCGCAUUUGCUCCACUUUUAGAAACACUUCUAACUAAAUAUGGAUUCACGUAUACAAUGGUUAUAAUGGGUGGAGUUAUGUUGGUAAUGAGUGCAUGCGGAGUGUUGUUUCGGCCAGUUCCGUCCUCUUGUAAUAUCAUCCGGAGUCCUGGUCCAGUAAAUGGAAGUGCAAUAAAGGAACAGACCAACGCGUGUUUUUCAGAAGACAUUGAUUCAAAUAUCAGAGAUGGAAAUGAAACAAUUGAUAAAGAAGAGGAAAACAAAACAUUAAGAGACUACUUGGAUUAUACCCUAAUGAAAAAUGCUAAAUUCUUUUGUUUUGGAAUUUCACUGAUGUUAGCUACAUUAGGGCACUCGCCGGCUUCUGUUAUGUUACCACCAUUGGCUCAACAACACAAUGUCACAGCAGAGAAAUCAGCGUUCUUACUGUCUAUCACAGGUAUAGCCGAUAUCAUCGGCAGACUUUGUUUCGGCGCUAUCUGUGACAUUAAAGCACUUAAAGACAACAGAAAAUAUCUGUACGUUGCUUCAAUUUUCAUAAGUGGGAUUGCAAAUAUAACUUGUGGUUUUGCAAGUCAAUACUGGCAUUUUGCGACAUAUUCUGUAAUAUUUGGAUUGUUUGCUGGCUCAUACAAUGCUCUUACUCCAGUGAUUUUAGUUGAUCUUCUCAGUGCAGAGAAAUUAUCCAGUUCUUUCGGUCUGUCUCUUCUGUUCCAAGGAGGAGGUUUCUUGCUAGGUCCACCAAUUGCUGGCUGGAUGAGAGAUGGGUUUGGAAAUUAUCAAUCGGCAUUCUUUUUUGCUGGUAUUUCAAUGACUAUUAGCUCCCUUGUCAUUAAUUUUUCAUCAGUGUGUGAAAGACAAAAGCCAAAACCAGCAUCAGCAGAAUGUGAUGAAAAGUUACCAACUCAAGAAAAUGUAAAUAAAAACUGCACAGAUUCCAUGCUGAACGACAAGGAUCCAAGGAUUACCAUUAUUUCUGUUCUAGUAAGCCCUAUUGAUGUCUCAACAAAAGCAAGCCCUAUUGAUGUCUCAACAAUAGCAAGCCCUAUUGACGUUUCAACAAUAGCAAGCCCUAUUGAGGUCUCAACAAAAGCAAGCCCUAUUGAUGUCUCAACAAUAGCAAGCCCUAUUGAGGUCUCAACAAUAGCAAGCCCUAUUGACGUUUCAACAAUAGCAAGCCCUAUUGAUGUCUCAACAAAAGCAAGCCCUAUUGAUGUCUCAACAACAGCAAGCCCUAUUGAAGUUUCAACAAUAGCAAGCCCUACUGAUGUCUUAACAAAUACAGUGACAUCAGAUGCUGACGUUUUUGUUUAUGGAUAUAUCGGGGCAAUAGAAAGAAAUGGACUGCAUAUUUAG